ACACACACACACACACACACACACACACACACACACACACACACACACACACACACACAGGACCCCAUAUAAGACCCUUAACGUUAUUAUUUUUUACUUAAACAAAAUGUCGCACAUGAUUGUUACGACAACAUCCACCACAACAACAACAACGACUUCAUCAGAUGGAUGUUUAGACUUUGGUUAUUGUCGCUCUUUUCAAGGAUUAUUAAAAAUCGCCCAAGUGGUGACCCUAAUGAUCGCCUUCCUGUGUGUCCACUACUCCGCCAUAUGGACAGAUUACGAUGCGUUUCGCUACUUUGAGGUGGUCACGUUAUGGUUCUUCUUCGCCCUCCUCAUCUUCUUCCUCAUCUACAUGUUCAGGCUGCAGACCAGACUCCCCUGUAUUUACUGGGCUCUUACGGAGUUUUUUCACUACGUCUUGGGCACCAUCCUGAUCUUCAUCGCCUCCAUCAUAGUGGCAGUGAAGAGCUUCAACUUAUCCUCUAUUGUAGCUGGAUCUGUUUUUGGAUUUAUUGCAACUUUUCUUUUUGUGAUCAGUUUAUUGACAUCGAACAAAGUCAAUUGUGGCUCUCAGCAAACCAGUAUUGGUGUGUAACGGGAUCCAGUCCAAAGUCACAAGUGAUCUGUUCUCGUAUAGAGUUUGUUCAGUGUGCCGAGAGCUCGUCCUCGUCCUGAACACUGCAGCUCAUACAGUUUGGACUCAUUUCCAUUCAUUCUACAUUUCACACCAGCAGUCGUCUGUGUCUCUUUGGAGUUUGUCUGUUGUGUAUGUGUAGCGAACGCCGCUGUUGUGGCCUGUGGGCGUGGCCUAUGGUGCAAGUCAGCAUUUCUUAAACAUCAUAGCUUGUUUGUGUGUGUGUGUGUGUGUGUGUGUGUGUGCGUGUGCCCAGAAGAGGAAUUGCUCAAUCGUUGCUUGUUAGUGAGGUGGAAGGAAAAGCUGCUGAGGAUUUUUGAACAGUGUUAUUUCGGAGUUCAGGAUCGACUCAGAGUGAAAGAUGAUUCAGCAUUUUGUUGCAUUCCUGAAGUUUAUAAUUAGAAUUUAAAGUCAGUAUUUUAUAAACCGUGUUUCUUAUUUUAAGUCUUAUACACUGCAGCAUUGAGGUGGGAUUUAACAAAGAAUGAACCUUUUUUUUAUACCAUUAAAAGUGUUUAUUUUUUUUAUUGAGCUGAUGAGAAAUCUCGAGUUACAGUAUAAAAGUUACAAUAAAUGUGAAUCUGUCCAAAA